GUGGAGCCCUCCAAUGGACAGCCUAGACCGCCCUCCACCGCUGCCGCCCGUACUGCCACCACUUCCGAACAGUCCAUACCUCUUUGCAUCGCCACCGUCGCUCCUGUCAUCCUCGCUGUUGCCCCCGCUAAUAGACACCUCAGCCCCAGCUCAAGCGUUGGCCCUUCCUUCAUCUUCGUCUUCUUUGGAUAUUGAUUGGAUUAGCCUCUUGUCUGGCCAGCCCGGUGGGCUUCCCGAGAAUGUGCCGAUGGCGUUGAUGGAGAACGCGCCGAUGACCACGAUAUAUCCUGGAAAUGGAGGAGUAGCAGACAGGAGUGAUGGGGAUAUUAAGAAGAAAGUGACGAAUAGGACGAGAAAGCCGACGCGACCUAGGAUUGCGUUUCAAACAAGGAGUGUGGAUGAUAUUCUGGAUGACGGGUUUCGCUGGAGGAAGUAUGGACAGAAAGCCGUCAAGAACAGUGUUCAUCCCAGGAGCUACUAUCGGUGCACACAUCACACAUGCAACGUGAAGAAGCAGGUCCAAAGGCUAGCCAAGGACACGAGCAUCGUGGUCACGACAUAUGAAGGCAUCCAUAAUCAUCCCUGUGAAAAGCUAAUGGAAACCCUAACUCCUCUCCUCAAGCAGAUGCAGUUCUUGUCCAGGUUCUAGCUUAGCCAUCAAACUUGAAGAUCACCUAACUGCCUCAAAAAAUUUAAAGCACUUUUGUAUCAUCCGAUAGAUUAUUCUUCCUGGGGUUCUAUAGUGUUUAGAACUAACCAAAUCCCUAUACUUCUACCGUCGUAUACGAAUGGCAGGAUUCCUGUACAUGGAUACCUAAACGAUAGCAUCGCUAUACACACAUUGCAUUCUUUACUGGAAGAGUUUGCAUUUGUUUCAAUGGAUGUGUUACGCACGUAUAUUUUUUCUGGUGUAGGCGCAUGUGUUAGGCGCAUGUGUUUUUUUAAAGUCACACUGAGUGUGUCUAUCGACUUACUAUUGCUUGA